AUCCCAAACCAAGAAGUAUCAUCGGAGACUCUGUAUCCAGGAGCUUCCUUGGAUACACCAAGCCCUCAAGCUUACAAGCUGCACCGAAGAUCGAACAUUUCAGAGAGAUCUUGGAGGUUAAGGUAUAAGGGUGUGAACACUGCCACUAUCGAGAACGAGUAG